CCUGCCAUCAGAGCUGGUGCCUCUGAGAGCUGUAGGACUGUCACUCAGGGCAAUGGAUCCUUGGGGACUCACCACGACUGCCCUCCUGGCUUGUGUUCUUUUGCUGACUUUUCUGUAUCUAUGGAGCCAAGGAUUCAAAAGGGGGAAACUCCCACCAGGUCCCACUCCUCUUCCCUUUAUUGGCAACAUCCUGCAAUUAGAUUUUAAGAACAUCACUGCAUCAUUCUCACAGCUUGCUGAAAAAUAUGGCCCCAUCUAUACCCUUUAUUUUGGAACUCAGCCUGUUGUGGUGUUACAUGGAUAUAACAUUUUGAAGAAAGCUCUAAUUGAUCAAGGAGAUGCAUUUGUAGACAGAGGAAUUGUUCCAAUAUUUGAAGAUGUAUUCAAAGGACAAGGAAUUGUUUUCAGUCGUGGAGAGAGAUGGAAACAUAUCCGAAGGUUUUCCCUCAUGACCCUAAGGAACUUUGGGAUGGGGAAGAGAAGCAUUGAAGAGAGAGUUCAAGUAGAAGCCCAAUGCCUGGUGGAGGAGCUUAGGAAAACAAAGGGUCAGCCCACUGAUCCCACCUUCAUCCUUGGCUGUGCCCCAUGCAAUGUGAUCUGCUCUGUCCUCUUCCAUGAUCGAUUCAAGUACAGUGAUGAGAAAUUUCUAAAUCUGAUGAAGUUGUUAAAUGAAAACUUUCAGCUUCUUAACUCACCAUGGGUACAGCUCUACAACAUUUUACCGGCAUUCAGAGUGUACCUCCCUGGAAAGCGUAAAAUGUUUUCUAGAAAUGUGAAGGAAAUUCAACAGUUCAUUUUGGAAAGAGUGAAGGAGCAUCAAAAAAUAUUGGAUCCUAACAACCCUCAAGACUACAUUGACUGCUACCUCUCCAAAAUGCAGCAGGAAAAAGAUAAUUCCCAUUCUGAAUUUGACUUGGAGAAUCUAUUAAUGACUGGAACAAAUUUAUUUGCUGCAGGAACAGAGACAACCAGCAGCACCCUAAGAUAUGGCCUGCUGCUCAUUCUGAAACAUCCUGAGGUCCAAGCAAAAAUUCAUGAGGAAAUUGAUCGUGUGAUUGGACGUAAUCGAGUUCCUUCCAUAAAAGACAGACAAGAUAUGCCCUAUACGGAUGCUGUUGUGCAUGAGGUGCAAAGGGUAAUUAACCUCCUACCUCUCAACCUGCCCCAUGCAGUGAACCAGGACAUCCAGUUCCAAGAAUAUAUCCUCCCAAAGGGCACAACCAUCUACCCAUUGCUCUUCCCAGUCUUGUGUGACAGCAAAGAGUUUCCCAAUCCUGACCAGUUUGACCCCCAGCACUUCCUGGAUAAGAAUGGGGAGUUCAAGAAAAGCGACUACUUCAUGCCUUUUUCCAUUGGAAAACGGUCUUGUCUUGGAGAGGGCCUGGCAAGGAUGGAGUUGUUUUUGUUCUUUACCACCAUUCUACAAAAUUUCACCCUCAAAUCAGUUGGAGAUCCAAAUGAAAUUAACAUCAUGACCAAUCGUGUUGGGUUCACAAAUAUUCCACCAUAUUACCAACUAUGCUUUCUCCCUCACUAAGGAAGAAGACAAAAAUUGAUUUGGAAAAUUAGCCAUCUUGUUUCAUCUUCUGGAGUCAAUAAUCUCAUGUUGUUUACUGGAAUCCCCUUGAUGAAAAGAAAAAAUUUCCUCUUUAUGAUUGAAAUGAGCCUUAAUUUCCAGAGACAAGACAGGCUAGCAGAGCACCUUGUAUGUCAUUAUGGAAUAGGGGCUGCCUUAUAGAUAUUCUGUGCAACCAUCUCACUGAUGUCUCCAGUCAUGCUCCAAUUCACACCCUCAAUUCUAGUUUUAAGGUGUAGAGAAAGAUCUAUAAAAUACCCCCCCAAAAAUUCAUAUUAGUUUGUACUUUUCUUUUCAAAUAUCCUCAAGAUAAUCUUA